GCAAAAAAGCCUCUACAGCGAACACCCUUCAAAUAUGGCGGAGGGGGAACUGGACGUCGAUUCGCUCAUCUCCAGGCUUUUAGAGGUGCGAGGAUGUCGCCCUGGAAAGAUUGUGCAGAUGACGGAGGCGGAGGUGCGAGGGCUGUGUAUUAAAUCCCGAGAGAUCUUCCUGAGUCAGCCCAUUCUGUUGGAACUGGAGGCCCCGCUCAAAAUCUGCGGUGACAUCCACGGUCAGUACACAGACCUGCUGAGGUUGUUCGAGUACGGCGGAUUCCCCCCGGAGGCGAACUACCUCUUCCUGGGCGAUUACGUGGAUCGAGGAAAGCAGUCUCUGGAGACCAUCUGCCUCCUGCUGGCCUACAAGAUCAAAUACCCCGAAAACUUCUUCCUGCUGCGGGGAAACCACGAGUGCGCCUCCAUCAACCGCAUCUACGGCUUCUACGACGAGUGCAAGCGCAGGUUCAACAUCAAACUUUGGAAGACCUUCACCGACUGUUUCAACUGUCUUCCCAUCGCCGCCAUCGUCGAUGAGAAAAUAUUCUGCUGCCAUGGAGGCCUGUCUCCUGACCUGCAGUCCAUGGAGCAGAUCAGACGGAUCAUGAGGCCCACAGACGUCCCCGACACAGGGCUGCUGUGUGACCUGCUGUGGUCCGACCCGGAUAAAGACGUUCAGGGCUGGGGAGAGAACGACCGCGGCGUGUCCUUCACCUUCGGAGCCGACGUGGUCAGCAAGUUCCUCAACCGCCACGAUCUGGACCUGAUCUGCAGAGCGCACCAGGUGGUGGAGGACGGGUAUGAGUUCUUUGCCAAGAGACAGCUGGUCACUCUGUUCUCUGCUCCGAACUACUGCGGCGAGUUCGACAACGCUGGCGGCAUGAUGAGUGUGGACGAAACGCUCAUGUGUUCCUUCCAGAUCCUGAAGCCUUCGGAGAAGAAGGCCAAGUACCAGUACGGAGGGAUGAACUCGGGGCGCCCCGUGACUCCGCCCCGCACAGCCGCCCCACCCAAAAAACGGUGAACACUCGAACGAAUGCUGGCGAAAAGUAGAGCAAGAGAGAGAGAAAAGAUUGAACAAAUCGGAGGAUGAAGUAAAGGCAAGAUCGAGUAUCAAAACUCCCUCUGCGAUUUCUACCAUGAUGGAAAAACAAUGUAGUUAUUAUAUACACAGCGAGAAGCGACCCUUUCUGCUUUUAAACACUUAUUAAACUUUCCCCUCAUCUCC